UUUGCUCUUAAGUCUGUAUCUUCUGCUUUUGUUCUUGAGACUGUAUCCUCUUUCUUCAUCUUUAAAAGAUGUCGCGUAACACAAUCGUGGACCCCAAAACCAGAGCUUACGUGACUUUUUUGGCUGGCAAUGGGGAUUAUGUGAAGGGCGUGGUAGGCUUAGCCAAGGGUUUAAGGAAGGCAAAAACUGCAUACCCUCUUGUGGUUGCUGUUUUGCCGGACGUCCCUGAGGAGCACCGCCAUAUUCUUGAAUCUCAAGGCUGUAUUGUCCGUGAGAUUGAGCCGGUGUACCCACCGGAGAACCAGACCCAGUUUGCCAUGGCUUAUUAUGUCAUUAAUUACUCAAAGCUGCGUAUUUGGGAGUUUGUUGAGUAUGAAAAGAUGAUAUACUUGGAUGGAGAUAUUCAAGUGUUUGAGAAUAUCGACCACCUAUUCGAUUCACCAAAUGGGUAUUUCUAUGCUGUGAUGGACUGUUUCUGCGAGUAUAAUUGGAGGUUCUCUCCACAGUACAAGAUAGGAUACUGCCAACAGUGCCCAGAAAGGGUUCAAUGGCCAAAGGAGAUGGGCUCUCCACCUCCUCCCUACUUCAACGCUGGAAUGUUUGUGUUUGAGCCUGAGCUUUUGACCUACUCUCAUCUCUUGGACACCCUCAAAGACACCCCUCCAACUUCAUUUGCCGAGCAGGACUUUCUGAACGUGUUCUUCAAGGAUGUGUACAAGCCAAUUCCUCCAGUGUACAACCUUGUUUUGGCAAUGCUUUGGCGUCACCCUGAAAAUGUGGAGUUCGACAAAGUCAAGGUUGUCCAUUAUUGUGCAGAUGGUGCAAAGCCAUGGAGGUACACUGGGAAAGAAGUGAACAUGGAGAGAGAGGACAUAAAGCUGCUGGUGAAGAAAUGGUGGGAUAUAUAUGAGGAUGAAUCAUUGGACUACAAGAAUGCUGUGCCUGCUGAUCAUGGAAAACUUGGAUCCAUAAUUGCAGCAAUGACUGAGGACGAAGUGGUUCACCAGAGGAAUGCUCCAUCUGCGGCUUAAUAAAUAAAUAUUUCAAUGAUUCUAUAAGCAGGGGGUGAUAUUAAUUACGGAUAAAUCAACUUUAUUAUAUAUAUUAUAUAUAGACAAGUAUUGGCCUUUCUUUUUAUUAAUUGUUGAGCAGUAGAAUGAGUGAAGGUGUGCUCUGAGUCGAGAAGGAGGGACAACGU